AUGAUCUCUGACGGCGACCUCUACCGACUGGCCAUCUUCCUAGGCUCCUGUGCCAUGAUGAUGAUUGUCCUGUAUCACUUCCUGGACGUCAAUGCCCGUGACGAGAACGAGCAAUUGGAGAAUCCUUCUGGAAAGUCGGCACGCGCAACCCUCAAGACUACUGCAACCACACCAUCAGAGGCUGCUCCGCUGUCGACAGCAACCACGGGGACAACAACGUCGUCGUCAUGA